GAUCCAAUCAAUGCUCUGUUGUUGCAUAUGAUGAUCCUUUGAACACUCGCCAUUUAUAUGAAAGCAAUAGGAGGUAUCAUCCGAAAGUGUCGUCUCUUCUUCCAUAAGAUUCAAUCGUGGAACUAAACUGACAUUUUCGAACUCUUUACACGAAUACAGUAUACAUCUACAAAACCCGAUAAACUUCUCAUAACAAAUGUUCGUCGGACUGGGGUGAUCGGUGGCAGGAAACACUUGUCGUGAGGCCUCGUUCUGGUUUUGUAUUUCAUGAAACGCCAUCAUCUGCUGUGCAGUUCCGUGGAACGACAAUCCACUGCAUCUACUGGUUACGAAAACUCGGACAAUUUCUUUUCUGCAACGGAAACACGACUUGAAAUCGGUUAAUUUUAAGACACAUUUUUAAGUUACGACCUUGGAAAGUAUGGCUAUUCAACACGGAAAGCUUCACCUUACGAUCUGUAUCCUCUCGAGUGUUCUUUACGUUGCAUCUGCCGGCUACCAAAUCACGAUAUUCGGUAUCUUUGACCAGGAUGUGACAACGGACGAUCCGAAGAGUGUCGGCUUCCGUCGAGGCAUGAUCAAGUACAACGUCCAAAGCAACAGCACUGGAAGUCCUUUCCAAUUGAUGGGCUUUGAGGUUCGCGUGCAGGUGAACAACAGCUUCAUCUUGACCAACCUAAUCUGCGGAGCACUGAGUCAGAACCGCAUGCUGAUAGCUGGUGAUGCUGACGUGACCACCAUCUACAAUGCCGCGUCCGCCAGCAGAGAGGUGAAGAUACCAUACUUCAUCACCAGUUUCGCCCCUCGGGACGUCUACCCGGACUUCACGGCCGAGUAUCUCCUGGCCAUGCAGCCGCAAGUACUGCAGCCAUUGGUGGACUACAUCGAAUAUUUCCACUGGACCAGCUUGGCAUAUGUUUACGAAGGACAGUCUAUAUACGAGACUCAGGGCCCAGGACCCAGGAACCAACAUUGGUAA